AGUAUGUUACAGGCAUGACGUCAGAUAAAGUAUUAAUAGUGGGCCUUGACCAACAUCUCGGCAUAAGUCGUUUUCUUCGGUGAACGUCGUAAGAGAGGAGUUCUCAGUAAUCCGCGUAUAUUCGGUUGACGUCCAAAAGAACGUGAAAGAUGGCCCGUACCAAGCAGACAGCCCGUAAAUCAACUGGAGGAAAGGCGCCAAGGAAGCAGCUUGCCACCAAGGCAGCCAGGAAGAGUGCGCCUUCCACAGGAGGUGUGAAGAAACCCCAUCGUUACAGGCCUGGAACUGUGGCUCUGAGGGAGAUUCGUCGUUACCAGAAGUCCACUGAGUUGCUGAUCCGCAAGCUACCCUUCCAGCGUCUGGUGAGGGAGAUUGCCCAGGAUUUUAAGACUGAUCUGCGUUUCCAGAGUGCUGCCAUUGGCGCUCUUCAGGAGGCUAGUGAGGCUUACCUGGUGGGUCUAUUUGAGGACACAAACCUUUGCGCCAUCCACGCUAAACGUGUCACCAUCAUGCCCAAAGACAUCCAGCUGGCUCGCAGGAUAAGAGGAGAGAGGGCCUAAAGAGGCCUGUGGCUGCAUUUUCUGACAAAUGAUCCUAUUUAUCAUACUCUGCCAUUUUGUGGACAUUUUAAAUUCUUUGGUUAUUUUUUAAGUUCUUUGAAUUAUUUUUGAGUGAUUACAGUAAGCCAACCAUUCCAUAAGCCAGAGUACACUAAGGGUAGAUGUCUCUACCAGUUCCCUUGAGUCAUUCUAAAUGUAACAUGACUACAUCAUUGUGGGUGUUUGCUUUCUCCUCCCUGUAAGGGAUGACUCCGAGGUGGCUUAUUUUCUUCAGAUCUUCCAGGGACUGCAUUUCUUUACCCAUCUACAGUUUAACCUAAAAUGCCAGCAUGCCAUGCUCAGUACGACUCACCACAGUGUCGGGGUAUUGGCUACCUCAGUUGAUCCUCUGUACUCUGUGACAAGGAGCAUUACAGACCCCUCUGUAAUUUUUAUGGGCCGCUUUUUUUUUUUUCUUCUUCCAAACUCAAUCUUGGCAGCUACAUUUAAUACUAUUUAUGAAAUGUUGUCACAUGUCUUUCUAUUAAAGGUCUUUAUGAGUAGAAAACA